ACACUGGAAGAAGAUGGCGGCCGCUCCUACUUUUUGUCAAUGAUGACUCCGAUGCUCCCCUUCGCUUUCGUUGUCCUGCGUUGGAGCCGCUGUUGGCCCCUAUGCAACCCUCAAGGGAGUGAAUCCUCGCUUUAGGAGGCAGCCAGGCGGGCAGCAUCGUCUACUGUCACCUUGUAGCUGGCGGCUCACCACAAUGCAACAAGUUUUGGAAUAUGCAUUAGAUCGAGCUGAGUACAUUGUGGAAAGCGCUCGCCAGCGCCCCGCCAGGAAGCGUCUUUCAUCCGGCGGCAGGAAGAGUUUGUACCAGAAGCUCCAUGAGCUCUACAUCGAAGAAUGCGAAAAGGAGCCAGAGCUGAAGAAUUUCAGGAGGAACGUGAAGCUGCUGGACAAGUUGCUGUCUCAGGAGUCUGUGUCGUGUCUGGUGGUCAACUUGUACGCCGGCAACGACGGCUACUCGCUCAUGCUCAGGGGCAAGAAUGGAUCGGAUUCCGAAACGAUCCGACUGCCGUAUGAAGAAGGAGAGCUGCUGGAGUACCUGGAUGCCGAGGAGCUGCCGCCCGUUCUUGUUGACCUGCUGGAGAAAUCACAGGUGAACGUCUUCCACUGCGGCUGUGUCCUGGUGGAGGUGCGCGACUAUAGGCAGUGUGCCACCACCAAGAUGCCCUCCUACCAGAGCAGGCACGUGCUGCUCAGGCCCACCAUGCAGACUCUGGUUUGCGACGUUCACGCCGUGACCAGCGAGCACCACAAGUGGACGCAGGACGACAAGUUGCAGCUGGAGAGCCAGCUGAUCUUGGCCACGGCCGAGCCUCUGUGCCUGGACCCCUCCAUCUCCGUCACCUGCGCCGCCAACCGGCUGCUCUACAAUAAGCAAAAAAUGAACACUCGCGCCAUGAAACGGUGCUUCAAGAGACACUCUCGAGCGGCGCUGAACCGCCAGCAGGAGCUGUCGCAGCUGCCCAUUCCGCACCAGCUGCGCCUCUACGACUACCUGCAGAAGAGGAAAGAGAGGAAAGCCGCGCCCGCCGUCGACCUGAAGAUCUCCAAGAUCGGAAAUUGCGUGGACAUGUGGAGACGGAACAGCUGCCAGCUGAGCGUUCCCAAAGAAAUCGACGUGGAAAAGUACGCCGUGGUGGAGAAGUCGCUGCAGUUGGAAGAUUCUCAGCCCCCCACUGUGAUCUGGCCCGCUGAGGAGCGGGUGGACGACUACACCUUUGAGUGCGAGGUGGGCGGUCAGGCCCAGAGGACCAAGGUGUCCAUCGUCCAGUCGCCAGGUGACCCGCUGGUGUACGGCAAGAUCUACUGCGCCAAAGACGGCGAGGACGGCGCCGACCUGAAGCUCACGCAUCCGCCGUUCCUCAUUGGCUCUAAAAUGGACGCAGAGCGGUUCCUCGCCCAGUACAAAUGCGUGUACGAGCGUGACGUCAAGUGUCAGGUCAAGAUGUCCCACAACUCAGGCAGCCUGGCUCCGGCCCCCCCCUCCCCCUGCAAGGAUGAGGGCGACGGCUUUUCUCCGCUGAUCCAAGCGUCCGUGUUGGGCAAAGGGCCGAAGCACCGGCCGCAGCCCAUCAAACUGCCGCCGGGAUCGGGCGGCGGCGGCUCCUCAGGAAAUCCGUUCGGCUCCCAAAGCGCAAGUGGUCUUCACAAGUGUCCUACACCGCCGCCCACCGCCAAAGGCCAGCCUCUGAGCAGGAAGCACUCCAUGGAGCUGGGGCAGGUGGGCCUGCUGUCCCCCGCCUCCCUUUCGCCCAUGAGCGCCACGCAAAGAUCAGGCACCCCUACCAACACGCCGUGCUCGACGCCGCACCCCGCCGACUCGGCCGCCCCGCCGGAGGCGCCGGCGCAGCCCGCCCUGCUGGCGCCGUUCGCCCAGCAGCAGCUGGCCCUCAGCCAGCCGCUGCCCGUCAUGAGUAUCCCCAUGCCCACGGCAGGCAUCACCACCGGCACCGCCUCCUCGCCCGUCAUGGCCAACCCGGCCGGCCUCAACUUCAUCAACGUUGUCGGCUCUGUCUGCAACCCGCAGACGCUAAUGAGCGGCUCAAACCCCAUGCUCGGUCCCGGACUCAACCUGAGCAAGAUCCUGCCGUCCGGAAGCCUCAUGCCCUCCAUGCAGCCCGCCGCGCAGACCGGGAGUCACUUUGGCCUGAAUAGUAGCGCUGGGCUGCGACCGCUCAACGUGCUGCAGAUCCCGAGCGGUCCGCUCAUCUUCAACCCCGUGCAGCAGCAGCAGCAGCUGUCGCAGUUCUCCCCGCAGAGCCAGUCGGCCACUUCCAGCCCUCAGCAGCAGGGGGAGCCGGGCGAUCAGGGCGCAGACGCGAGUUUGGCCAACCAGCAAACGGCCGUCAUCAACUUGGGCGUGAGCGGCUUCAUGUCUCCGCAGGCGGCAGUGCUGUCCCAGUUGGGCUGUGGGCUGGACGGGUCUGGGCCCCCACUGCCUUCUCCAAGGCUUCAGCAGCAGCACCAGCCUCAGAUCCAAUUGCAAUUCUUGCAGCACCAAAUGCAGCAGCAGCAAAUGGCUAUGGCGGCAGCGGCCCCCCAGGGAGCGGCGGGGGGCCCGCAGCAUACCGCCAGCCAAGCAAGAAGUAGGAGGAAGAGGAGCACGCCGCAGCCCCUCCCCAAAGCGCGCCAGCCGGAAACGUUGCCACCCGCCACGCCGAGACGCGAAUGAUCCGCAAGGAAGAAACUUUGCUCGGACUCUUUUACAGCCACACGAGGAGGAGAAGGUCCUUGUAGCCCAGUACUUCCACUAAGACGAACAACAGCAAGGCCUCUCCUCCUUCCCGAGAGGAUUCCUCAUCGCACAUCUUCCCACAGAACAAACUGAUCCUGGGGGGCCGUCGUCUACCUCUCGAAUCGCUUUUGUACCGCAGCGCUGGAUUUGGAGCAGUGAGUGUUGACACAUUUCUGGACACUUAAGAAAUACUUUUUUAAGAUGUCUUUGUCAGCAGUUUUAUUGUUGUAAAAAAAAAACAGAGGAGUAUAUAUUGACAGUGAAAAUACAGCUUUUAGAUAUUAAAAACAAAA